CAAAUCCCAUAAAUAAAAAAGACAAAAACAGAAAAGAAAAGGGAAAAUCAGAGAGAGCUUUUUCGUAUCUGCGGCGUGGACUUUUUGCUGAAUUUCAGAUCCACAGAGCCGAAAAAAACCACAUCGACACUCAGACAGACAAAGCAAACAAAACAACACAGAAAGAGAAAAAAAGCAGAGAGAAAGAGUUAGUUGAAAGUUCUGGCCACUGGCUUGUCGAUCAAAUGGCUGAGAACCAAGAGCAGCCACCGGGCCCACCGCCGUCCACUUCAUCGUCACCCUUGAAAUCAGCUGCUCCUCCUCCUCCUCCUCCGCAGCGCCCUACGAUCACCCUCCCUCCGCGCUCCUCUUUCGAGAUGCUCUUCAACUCCGGCGGCGCCAAUAGUGGGCCGGGUUUCGGCCUCGGCUUCAGCCCAGGGCCCAUGACGCUCGUCUCCAGCUUCUUGUCCGAUGGCGAAGACUGCAAGUCCUUCUCUCAGCUGCUCGCAGGAGCCAUGUCUCCGGCGGCCAGGCCGCCUGGCUUCCCUCAGCUCGAAGACCGAGGCUCCGGCGACGGCGACGACAACUCCGAUUUCCGGUUCAAGCAGAACAGACCGUCGCCGAUGUUUUCGGUCCCGUCUCCGGGCUUGCUCGACUCGCCGGGGCUCUUCUCGCCUGGUCAGGGACCCUUUGGAAUGACACACCAGCAGGCCCUAGCACAGGUCACAGCUCAGGCUGCACAAUCCUCUUCCUAUUUCCAUAUCCCAACUGAAUACUCAUCUUCUUUAUCGACAGUGCCCGCCACAUCCUUGACACAGCUUCCAGCCUUUACUUCCGAUUCAACAGCACCCCAGGAGAUGCCAUCUGGAGCAGCUGACUCUGGGGUGGCUAUAAAAGAAUCAUCUGACAUCUCCCAUUCUGAUCAGAGAUCCCAACCGUCUUCGUUUACUGUUGAUAAGCCUAAUGAUGAUGGAUACAAUUGGCGUAAAUAUGGGCAGAAGCAGGUGAAGGGCAGUGAGUUUCCUCGAAGUUAUUACAAAUGCACGCAUUCAAAUUGUCCUGUUAAGAAGAAGGUCGAGCGCUCAAUUGAUGGACAAAUAACUGAGAUUAUUUACAAGGGUGAGCACAACCAUGAACGUCCUCAGUCCAAGCGUGCAAAGGAUUCUGGAAAUCCGAUUGGAAACAUUCAGGCGAAUCCUGACUUAGCUUCCCAAGUUCAUGGUGGGCAUUUGAACAAAUCUAAGAAGGGUCAGGAAUCUAGCCAAGCAACACACGAUCAUUUAUCUGGGACUAGUGACAGUGAGGAAGUAGGAGAUGCUGAAACCAGAGUAGAUGAAAAAGAUGAAGAUCAACCUGACCCAAAGAGACGAAAUACAGAGGUUAGGGCAGAGCCAGCUUCUUCACAUCGGACUCUGACAGAGCCUAGAAUCGUAGUGCAGACAACCAGUGAAGUCGAUCUUUUAGACGAUGGCUAUAGGUGGCGCAAGUAUGGGCAGAAAGUCGUCAAAGGCAACCCUUAUCCCCGGAGCUAUUACAAAUGCACGUUCCCUGCCUGCAAUGUCCGUAAGCAUGUAGAGAGAGCCUCGACAGAUCCUAAAGCUGUCAUAACAACGUAUGAGGGAAAACAUAAUCAUGAUGUACCAGCUUCUAAAACUGGCAGCCACUACGCAGCCAACAACAAUGCCUCAAAUCUAAGAGCAGUCAACGCAGGAACUGAGAAGAUUAACAAGAUGGAUCUUAGAAACAAUGACCAACAGCCUAUAGCACGUUUACGCUUAAAAGAAGAACAAAUAACAUGAUUUCUGUGAGUUUCAACAGGAAAACAAGCAAGAGUCGGAGAACUUGAAAUUUCCACGAAGCAGGCAAAAGUUGUAUGCGAUCUUUGUCUGAAUCUGUUUUUCACUCCAGACCGUAGUUUUGACCAAGGCCCAAUUACGCAAUUGCUAGUGUACAAAUGAGAAAGGAAGAAGUCAGGUCAAAUUUUUGUUGUAUGUAAACUAAUUAACAAGCAUACUGUAUUAAAAUUUUACAACUUCUGUGCAUUCUUUUGUAUAUGGAAACAGUGAUGUUUUAUAUGAUUAUUUGCAUCGGUGUUUGAACUGAAAA